UUCAUUCGGCAUUUGAUGCUCGGCCAGUGGGCUUCACUACCUCUGAUAGAAUAAUACUCUGAGAUUCCAACAUGUGGGUGCAGAGAUUUUUAAGUCGUUCCGCGGGACAACUGAAGACCUUUAGCCGCCAAAUCAGUGCGAGGAUUGUAAAUGAAACUAAUAUAGAAGUUCUGGAAGAGAGUGAUCGUAAACCCCUGACUUUUCCCGGUGUUUGGCUGCGUGACAAUUGUUUGUGCGAAGACUGCUUCCAUGGCAGCUCCAAAUCCCGUAAGUUGGACUGGGAUAACUUUGAUACCCGGAUACGACCAGAGGCUCUAGAGGCAAAUGAGGUCACCAAGGAGUUAAAGGUGAAGUGGAGUGACUCCCACGAGAGCAGCUUCUCCCUGCACUGGCUAAAGGAGCGCAGUUUCCAAGAAGAGAGACAAAAGGAGUACCUGCGCGAAUUCUACAGACCCGCGACGAAACACUGGUCGGGUGCUGAGUUCCAGGAGAUUGCCCAGCAUUUUAUCUACGAGGAGGUGAUGUCCCAGGACUCCGUGCUGAUGCAGUGGCUCCAAGCCCUGGCCGUUUAUGGAGUGGCCCUGCUGCGGAAUGCCCCACUGGAUGAGGGGGUGGUUCGGCGGCUGGCGGAACGGGUGGGCUUCAUCCGGCGCACCACCUACGGUGAGGAAUUCGUGGUGCAGGCUAAGCCUGGGGCCCAGAACUUCGCCUAUCUCUCCCUGCCCCUGCCCCUCCACACGGAUCUGCCCUACUAUGAGUACAAACCGAGUGUCAACAUCCUGCACUGCGUCGUCCAGACGGAUUCGCCGGGGGGCAGCAACAUGCUGGUGGAUGGCUUCCACAUCGCCGACAUCCUGCGACGCGAUCAUCCCGAGGACUUCGAGCGUCUGUGCCGCGUGGUCGUCGACUGGAACGACAUCGGCAGCGAGGACGGAAGGGAGUUCCACAACAUCUGGCGGGCACCGGUCAUAUGCCUGGACGCCGAGGGGCGGUACACGCGGGUGAACCACAGCGUUCCGCAGCGGGACAGCCAGUUCAACGUACCCUUGGAGGAGGUCCUUCCCUGGUACGAGUCCUACGCCCGCUUCGUCCGCCUGGCGAUCGCCGACAGCCACGCCUUCAAGACCCGACCCGGCGACGUCCUGACCUUCAACAACAUCCGGCUGCUCCAUGGGCGAACUGGAUACGACGACUCCGAGCAGAAUCCCCGCUACAUUGUGGGCGCCUAUCUCGACUGGGACAUCAUCUACUCGCGUCUAAGGGUGCUGAAAAAACGCCUUGGGGGUGGGAAUAUUUAAAGGGGGGUACCAAUAAAAGCCAACGCAAGAUGCCAUA